AUGUCGGCACGUCGACCUUCGAACCCUUUCACAAAGAACCAGGAUGCUCCUGGCUACUACGACGAACACGUCUCGUCCGACGAGCGUGCUCAGCUGCGCUCACUCGCCCAGCACAUGCGCAAGCUCAGCAUGAGCAACAGCGCCCUUUCCGACGACAGCGCUGAUUUGUCCACUUGGCGCGAAUCAAAAGCCACUGCAUCGUCAAGCGGUAGCAAUGGCGCCCGCACUCCUCGUGCUGAGGCUGGUCCACGCCCCGCUGCGUCUACCAACGAGAGCGGAGCAGCAUCUGCCACCGCCAUCCAGAACCCGCUCAAACCCGUCGGCGGCACCAAGUACACCCCUCACCAAGGCGACCUCCCCAACCCCGAUCAGGCGUAUGGCGAGGAUCAAGACAAGGCCACCCUUCUCUCUGGCAGUCUCGGCAAAAGCUCUUCGCUGCUCAACAAUGGUCGGGGACACCGUGACAGCGCUGACGACGACAAGCAGCGCGUCAUGCAGCGUGCGCGCGGUGUCGUCCGCACCUACAGUAUGGGUCAGCAGAAGCGCCGUCCCCAGAUGAUGAACGACGACCCCGUCAUCCUCUCUCGGCGCAUGAGCCACGACGCCGUACAGGAGGCCCCACGCCGCUUCAUCGUCGAUGUCGAAGAGACCAUGCGCCUCGUGCUCGAGCAAGAAGACACAGACGGUAACUUCCAGAUUUGCAUCACAGACAGCGGUCCCAAGGUACUCACCCUCGGCACCGCAACCAGCAACGGCUACAAAGGUUUCGACAUCCGCGGCACCUACAUGCUUUCCAACCUCCUUCAAGAGCUUGCUCUCGCCCGCGAGCACGGUCGCAAGCGCAUCGUCCUCGACGAAUCGCGUCUCACCGAAAAUCCCGUUGAUCGACUCUCUCGCAUGAUCAGUCAGACCUUCUGGCACAACCUCACUCGACGCAUCGACGGCGACGGUCUCGAUGCUAUUCUGUCCGAUCCAAAGAACCGCAGCAAGUCCCAGAAUCCUCGGAUCUAUGUUCCAGCUUCCGAGACAGAGAUGCUCCAAUACUAUCAAAAGGUGGCGCAGGAGCGUCCCGCACUCAACCUCACCGUCGAAUCACUUCCGACCAACAUCACCUCAGAGUACACUCGUGACCUCAACGAUCGCCCUGGUCUGCUCGCGCUCGCCAUGCGCGACGACAUUGAUCCCACCACAGGCGAAAAGAAGGGUCUCAAAGGCAUCCCUUUUGUCGUGCCCGGCGCCCGCUUCAACGAGCUCUACAAUUGGGACAGCUACUUCAUCUCGCUUGGCCUUGUCGUCGACAACCUGAUCGACCUUGCCAAGGGCACCGUCGAUCACUUCAUUUUUGAGAUCAAACACUACGGCAAGAUCCUCAACGGCAACCGCACCUACUACCUCAUGCGUGCGCAACCCCCUUUCCUCACCGACAUGGCGCUCCAGGUCUACUCUCGGCUCGACCCCGCCAACGAGACUGACAACAAGGAAUGGCUCCGCAAGGCCAUUCAGGCCGCCAUUAAGGAGUACCACACUGUUUGGAUGAGCAAGCCCCGCUUCGACGACAAGACCUGGCUGAGUCGAUACCGACCCGAAGGUCUCGGCGUGCCUCCCGAGACCGAAGCCUCUCAUUUCACCCACAUCCUCCGGCCCUACGCCGCAAAGCACGGUUGCAGUGUCAACGAGUUCACGCGUAAAUACAAUGCUGGCGAGAUCAAGGAGCCGGAGCUCGACACCUACUUUAUGCACGACCGCGCCGUCCGAGAGUCCGGCCACGACACCACAUACCGCUUCGAGCACAAGUGCGCCGACCUCGCCACCAUCGAUCUCAACGCGCUUCUCUACAAGUACGAGAUUGACAUCGCCACUGCCAUCCGCGAGGUCUUUGAUGACCGUCUCGAGCUCGAGGAUGACUUUACCUUGCACGGACCGCUUCCCCCCGCGCUGCUCAAGGAUGGCAAAGGUCCUGCACAGCCAUCGCGAUCCAUCGAGACGCCGCAGACGAGCGGCGAAUGGUUUGCACGUGCCGCGCAUCGUAAGGCCCAGGUGGACAAGUAUCUCUGGAACGACGGCAUGGGUCUGUAUUUCGACUACGACACCCGAGUCGAGGAGCCCAUCGUGUACGAGAGUGUCACCUCCUUCUGGGCCAUGUGGGCCGGUAUGGCCAGCGAGGACCAAGCAGCCAAGCUGGUCUCAAAAUCGCUCAAGCGCUUCGAGGAGCAAGGCGGUCUCGUUUCCGGUACCGAGGACUCGCGCGGAAAGAUCUCGAUCGAUCGUCCCAAUCGACAGUGGGAUUGGCCGUACGCCUGGCCUCCCCACAACGUGCUCGCGUGGGUCGGUCUUGAACGUUACGGCUACCUCGAGGAAGCGCGUCGCCUCGCUUACCGAUGGCUGUACAUGAUGACCCUCGCCUUUGUCGAUUUCAACGGAACCGUGCCGGAGAAGUUUGAUGCGGUCAACCUCUCGCACAUGGUCGAUGCAGAGUACGGCAAUCAGGGUAUCGACUUCAAGUGCGUCCCUCGUGAAGGUUUCGGUUGGAUGAAUUCAAGUUUCCAGGUCGGUCUCACGUUCCUCACCACUCAUCAGCGUCGUGCGGUCGCUGCACUUCAGCAUCCUGAUGAGUUUUUCAAUGUUCGUCGUCAUUAG